UGAAUACGUUACAAAAGAUCUUACUCUCCUUCUCACAUUUUCUAGGUGAACCAACAAACCAACCAAAACCUAAAAAUUAAUCUCUACUUCGCUCUAUCGUGUUCUUUUCUCUUCUCGACAUACAACAAUCCGAAUAAGAAACAUGAAGAGAGACCGGUCCGACUACGAAGAAUCCGUGAAGCAUAUAGACAUUGUGAAAAGUCUAAUGAUGUUAUCUCAGAGUUUUGUUGUCAAGCAAAUCGAUGUAAAGCAAUCUACCGGAAGCAAAACCAAUCAUAACAACCACUUCGAAUGCAAAACGUGUAACCGGAAGUUUGAUUCGUUCCAAGCUCUCGGAGGUCAUAGAGCUAGCCACAAGAAACCUAAGAUGAGCGUUGACCAAGAACAGGUGAAGCAUCGUAACAAUGAGAAUGAUAUGCACAAGUGUUCAAUCUGCGAUCAAAUUUUUGGUACCGGUCAAGCUCUAGGCGGUCAUAUGAGAAAGCAUAGAGCGAGCAUGAUGACCGAACAAUCGGUUAUCCCUUCUUCUCUUGUUUAUUCCAGACCGGUUUUGAAUCGAUGCAGUAGCAGCAAGAAGAUCUUGGACUUGAAUCUAACUCCAUUGGAGAAUGAUCUUGUGUUUAUCUUUGGGAAGAAUUUGGUUCCGCAAAUUGAUUUGAAGUUUGUGAAUUAGUAGGCUUUUUCAUUUAUUUAAUUUUUGUAAAUUUUCUAUCUUGCCAAACAUUAUCUCAUUCUUUAUGUCAUGUAUGUAAAACACAAUUUGUUUGAAUAAAUCAUUUGAAUUCUUUCAA